AUGUUAUUUUUUGUGACCAUUCUCCUAAUUCUGGGGCCAAGUGUCCAGGGAGAGGAAUGGGAUAUUUAUGACCUUGUCGACUCUCUGGGUUGUAAGGAUUUUGUUGCAACCCUUCAGAACGCAGGACCAAUGUACGUUCUCUCAGGCAAUAACUCAGGACCAUUCACAGUAUUCGCUCCGACUGAUGCCGCCUUUAACAACCUACCUGCCAAUAUCGCCGCCAUCUUUAACUUCGGUAACUGGGAAUUUAUGCACGAGAUAAUCACGUUCCACAUCACGUAUGGCAACAUGACAUUGGCUGAUUUCCAUAAUGAGGCUAAGCUCCGCACAUGGCAGGGACAGGAUCUAAGAGUCAACAUCUACCCUAACUCAUCAGGAGGUGCUCCGCUUGUGACGGCUGAGGGCGCUAGGAUAGUGAAAUCAGCUGUAGCCACAAAUGGAAUCGUGCAUGUGGUGGAUCACGUGCUGUAUAACUACCCCCAGGUUUCGGCUGACCGAUACGUCCAUGAGCAGUUAAACAUGACCACCAUGGACAUGUUGAUACAGAUAACUGACCUACAGGACACACUCAGAGGCGACAACAUAACACUCUUUGUUCCCGACGAUUCAGUAUUCGAAAAGAUGGAGGGAUUUAUGAACCAGACACUAUCUAAUACUACCCGAAUCUCGAAUUUGGUACAGAAUCAUAUUGUAAACUCCACCUUUUAUUCAACGGGUCUGCCUAACGGAUCAGUGCUAACUAAUUCGCGCGGUCAACACAUCACCGUCAAGAAUGAUGGAGCCUCCAUGACCUUGAACGGAGCUCCAGUAAUACGCAGCGACAUCAGCGUUACCAAUGGUGUCGUGUACACCAUAGGGAGUCUGCUUUUCCCAGCCUGA